AUGUUCAAGCACGUUCGACCGUUCGAAAAAUUCGACAUUUCCGAACUGGACGCUCCUCUAACUCGUAUUGUACGUUGUGUUGCAGGAUUUCGAGGGGACGGAUGUAUCCAAAAAGGAGGACACGUUGCAAGGAUGGGCGGAGAAAAGCGUUUGGUCCAUGGUGUGCGCCAUGGAAUUGGGUUUGAUAUCGAAUGCCUCGCAGAACAACGUCUUGCCCGGCACGACGUUCGACGAACGAUCGCACGCCAACGUGGCUCCCGCCACAGUUCCCAAAUCGUUGUCUUUGAUAAAUAAUAGCUUGGCUAGCGCGGCGAGCAAGUCGUCGAGGAUCAUUCGUUCGAAAUGCAGGAGAAAGAAACGAGGCUUGAAACGGAGCUCGUCCAGAUCCAAGAGCGAGUCGCCGUUUAUCCGACAUAAGAAAAUGAAGGAAAAUUUUUGCAAAGCCAGAAGAAGCUACGACUCGGCGACCAUCGACAGCGACUUGAACACCGUCGACAAGUUCUGGAGAUACGAAAGCUCGAAGAACGCGGAGCAGUUCCAUUCCGACGAAAGUCGGAACGACGAUCCGUCCGUAUCAGCCGGUUAUCGCGAUUCCCUCGCGGCGAAACGCGACGAUAACGAUAAUUUGCCGAAUCAAUCGGGUCACGCGGCAAACAUCCUCCCAACGCGAGUAAACAUUCCGCAGACUGGCACCUCCAGUCGAUUGGUGAAGUCAGCUUGCACAGUGACCAACGACUUCACAUCGCGCGAUCAUAAUCGCUCGGUGGGAACCGAUUUCGAAACGUCGAACACUGUUGACAUCCAACAGAAACAGAUGGUCGACGAUUGCGACGAGGAUGAACGAUUAUGCUAUUCAGGAGAGGAUCACAAUGUUUCGUCAACGAUCAACCAUGACCAAGAUAACGUAUCGAUGGAGGACCAGAUGCAGUCGGUAGAAUCGUCGAACGAACUAUCGGAGACCGGAGACCUCGUUCUCCAAGAGUCGUCGAGUUUCGGCGUAGCGACGUUGUUGAACUUCGACGAGGCCAGACCGUCGAAUUUUAACGAAGCGCCAUCGUCAAAUCUUAGCGAGCUACGAUCCUCGAAUCUCGACGAGACUGCGUCUUCGAACUUCGCCGAGGCAAAAUCGCCGAGUUUUGGCGAAGCUGCAUUGUCGAGUUUCGACGAGGGUAGAUCGUCGAAUUUUGACGAGCAAUCUUCGAAUUUCGACGAAACUCGACCGGCAAGUUCCAACGGAGGGCAACUGUCGAAACUCGACGUCGACGAGCUUUCUGUAAACAAAAAAAUCUCCUCGAACGAAGAGAGCGAACCGUCCAACGAAGACGAGCUGAAUUAUUCGAUCGUGAAGAAGAGCAAGGUAUCCUAUGACGAGAAUACGACAAUCACGAAACCGACAAUGAAGAAAGCCGUGAAGAACGAAGUCUCCCGAAAGAAAGGAUCCACGUGGAGCAACGGAGGUUACGAGCUUAGAAGGAUUACGCGAGGAUCGAUGAAAGUCAGCAAGAAUCUGUUCGUUGGCAAAUUGGUCUGGGGCCAUUGCUCGGGAUGGUGGCCAGGCGAGAAUUUCAAAAUUCUUUCUUUGUUUUCUUUUUUUUUUUUUUUUUACUUCAAUUCCGUUCGUUUGAAAGAGGAUUAA